CCUACUCUGUUUGUUUAACGAGACCUAUCUUUCAUUUUCUAUUUCAGCUGUUGCUAUGCUCUCAUCUUCUAACUGCUACUUUAUCAUCAGAUUUCCAUGUCCUCUUGCUGCUAGAGCAUCUGCAGUAACUGAGAGCUUCUGUCCUCCAGUCUAGAGGUUGUGCUCCCUCUUCUCGGGGAGCACUUUGUUGGUCUCCCUCCUCCACCAUACCUGUGUGCUGGUUUGGAUGCUUUGUGUUACACCCAGCUGGAGGCUAUCUUUGCAUUACUUACAAGGGUGAGCUAGAGUAACAACUGAAAAUGUCUCAAAAUCCUGACAAGCCGCAUACAGCUGAAGAGAAGUUGAGUGUUUUGGAGGAUGACCAAGAGGAGAAGAGCGUGGAUAAUGUGGAUCAGUCUAUCAGAAAAAGAAUACGACAGAGUGCUCCAGCUUCACACAGAGAUGAUACACCAAAGUCUAGUCCUCCUCGGCUCGUGUCAGUAGAAGAGCUAAUGGAAACAGCUAAAGGAGUAACCAACAUGGCACUAGCACAUGAAAUUGUUGUUAAUGGAGACUUUCAGAUAAAACCAGCUGAAUUACCAGAGCACAGCUUGGAAAAAAAAGUAAGAGAUAUUGUUCACAAAGCUUUCUGGGAUUGUCUGGAAGCCCAGCUAAAGGAAGAUCCACCAACAUAUGACCAUGCAAUUAAACUACUGGGAGAAAUUAAAGAGACUCUCUUAUCUUUCUUGUUGCCUGGUCAUACUAGACUAAGAAACCAGAUUACAGAAGUUCUUGAUCUGGAUUUGAUAAAACAAGAGGCAGAAAAUGGGGCUCUGGACAUUUCUAAGUUGGUAGAAUUUGUUAUUGGGAUGAUGGGGACCCUUUGUGCUCCAGCUCGAGACGAAGAAAUUAAGAAACUGAAAGAUAUUUGUGAAAUAGUUCCUCUGUUCAGAGCAAUUUUCUCUGUAUUAGACCUAAUGAAAAUGGAUAUGGCAAACUUCGCUGUCAGCAGCAUUAGGCCAAAAUUAAUGCAGCAAUCUGCUGAAUAUGAAAGAAAGAAGUUUCAGGAGUUUCUUGAGAAACAGCCAAAUUCGUUAGACCUUGUCACAGACUGGUUGCAAGAAGCAGCGGAUGACCUCGUAAAGUUGAGAUGUAAAAAGUUGCUUUCCCACUGCAGUGAUGAUGGUGCUGCUGGUGGAGCUUCUGCAUUGUGUUCCACUGCUGUACAAAACCAGGCAUAUCUAAAGCUCCUAAAGUGGGAUCAUGUGAGCAGACCUUUUCCAGAAACUGUGUUAAUGGACCAGACCCGCUUUCAGGAAAUACAGCUGGAGCUGGAACAGCUCCUGUUGACUGGGACUGUCCUUCUGGUCACAUUCAGCGCAGCAGGCUCAGCACUUGUUGGUAUACCUGGAUUUGCUGAGAAAAUCAAAACCAUUAUCAAGGUGCUGUUGACAGGAAUGCAUCUUCCCUCCUUUAACCUAAGGGAAUCUUUGGCUACCAUCAGUGAAAAGGUGUGUGCUGAAAUUAAUAGCUGCCUUUCUGAGCAUGGGUUUGCACCAUUCACAGCUGAGAGAGAGACUGUGCUUAAAGGACAAAUCCAAGCAGUGGCUGAUCCUGGUAACACCAUAUGCAAGCUAAUAGAUUCUCGAAUUCAAAAGUUUUUGGAGAGUUAUCUUGCUUCUAGUCAUCAGAAAUCAUUACCUGCUCUUCCUGGAGGAUUAGGCCCUAUCCAGAGAGAGCUGGAAGAGAUUGCUGUCAAGUAUGUUCGUCUUGUCAACUACAACAAAAUGGUCUUCAGCCCUUACUAUGAUGCAGUCCUUGGCAAAAUACUGAAUAAGGAAGAAUCUCAGCUGGUAGGGAAGUCAGAAGAAUCAUAAAACCAGUUUGUAUGCUACCAAUAUGGUACUUUGUCUGCUGUUUUAAAAAAUUGCACCGAUAUUUGUCUAGAAAAACAGCUUCCCAUUUAAGCACUGGUUCUUUUAAUUCACUAGUGAUGAUUGAUGAGAAAAAUACAUGAGUUGCAGAAGGGGUUCUGAAAUGAAUGAUGAAAAAGAGAUGGAUUUUUAAUGUAAGUAUGCAACCGGGGGGGGGGGAUGUCUUGGUAGUCUUAUGGCUGCAAUUUUUAGAUUUUGAGCAGAUGCUAGGUAGGACAAGCUUGACAACCAAAUGGUGUCUUUAAAUGGCUCAUUUUGGGGCAUUUUACUCUCUAAUUUACCAUGAAGUUAGUUAUUUAAUCCAGAGCAGAUUAGCAAUGGUCCUUCCCAGCAGGGUAAUUUGGCUUUAAAAAAAAAAAUCUUUCUUUAGUAAAAGACUGAGUUAGUAAGCUAAAAUUCUAGAUAGGAGAAAUUUUAACAGGCGAAAACAAAGUCAAAGAGCACUUUAUUGUAACAUUAUAGAUAGUAUGGUAGACUACUAGUUUUUUUCUGCAUUUUUAAUAGCAUUUUUUUGCUGUUUACCUGCAGAUGUUACAAAAAACAAUAUAUUUUUGUAGCAAAUUUUCUGGUUAUUGGGUAACUGUCCUCUGCUAUGUACAGUACUUACAGAGGUGGCAAUCUUAUAGAUUGCAGCUGUAUUUAUUUCUUGUAAAGACUUCAGAAGGGCAGAGCUAAAAUGUUUUGAUAAAGUGGCAUUUCUUACUUUUUUUUUUUGCUAGUAGUUUACUCCUUUUUAUGUGAAAUACUAAUUUUAAAGUGAAUAUUUGUUAUUAUCAGAAGGUGGAUUUAAAGUGUGUGAUUCUUUUGGCUGAAAAAUUUUACUUGUUUUUUAAAACUACAACUUGAGAUGGUUGCAUAUUCAGUCAUGUCUUCAGAAAUUUCCAGGAAGUGCAGAGCACUAUCAAAAGUGUAAGUGAUUUUAAACAUACAGGGGGAAAUAAAUGGUGUAAUGUUGAUUUGAAUACACAGGGAGUAUUUUCAGUAGAUUUUUUUCACUUUGUAGAGAUGUUCUUGAAACUUAAAAAUAUUUUUAGAUCUUGAAUUUAAUUAACUACACGUUGUAUAGAUGGAUGUUCACAGAAGAUCUCAAUGAUCUUACAGCCUUUGUAUUGUAAUUUCAAUAAUGUCAAUAUGAUUGACAUUACAGUAUAUCAUAACUUAAUACUGUAAUUUCAAACUCAGUUAGGAGGUAGGUACAUUUGAAAUUCUUAUCUAGUUAUUGAGUACCGCACUGUAUUACCAUAGUCAAAGUGUGAUGACUUUCUGAAAGCAGAGUUCAUAGUCAUAAACCAUGUCCUAGAUAGUAGAAGCUGUAUCCAAACCAAAGUAAAUACAUUGUCAUCCUCUUUAAAAAAAAAAUUUUUUUUAAAAAGCCAUUUUAUGCUAACUCCUAGCUUCAUUUUAUUGAACAACUCAUCAGUCAAAAUAAUAGACCUUCUAGAAGGAAGUACUUGAUUAUGAAUCAGUUUUGAUGCUUUCCUUUCUAGUUUCCCUUUAAAUGUCAGCAUGGAUAUAGCUGCAGUAACUGUGAGCAUGGAGGAAGAUAGAAUUUUUACUCCAUAUUAGCCUAUGCAACUAUAAAACAAAUCUUUUCUCAUUCAUUACAAAACCCCCUUCCCCCAAGAAAAAGAAGUCUUGUAAGAGAGUGCCAGUUCAGACAAGUGAUUUUUUUUCCCUUUGGCUAAAUUUACUCAAAUAAUAAAUAAAUUAAUUGAAUGUUUUUCUUUAAAUCUUUGGUAACUCAAAAUUGAGCUGAUUCGUUAACCAGAAAAAAAGUUCUGAGUAUGGAUUUGAUGUGGUCUACUGUAUUCUGUUUGGUUUAACAAGGGACACUAAAGAGGUCUUCAGCAUUGCUGCAUCUGCUUACUGCACCUUGUUAUUAGUGCAGGAUCCACCUUGAAAUAUAGCCUGUAGCUCCAGAGAACUAAUUCAACAGUGUGGGUAACAAAAGAGCUACCCAAACCACUUUUGCUAGAAAGAUUUAAAAGGAAAAAAAAAAAGGAUCAUCAUCAUCAUCAUCAUUUAACAAAAAUGAGGGCUCCAGAGGUUGAUUGGUGAUGCUAUUUUAUAUUUUCACAUUGCCUAGAAGUUGCCUUUAACCACCCCCCCCCCAAGUGAAUUGACUAUACUAUUAUAAUCUACAUAAUUGGGGGGGGGAGUGGUCUGAAGGCUGUGGCAAGGACAACAGCAAAGGGAAGCAAAACAGAAAAAAGCCUAUGAAAAAGUAUCUGAUGCCAGAAUGAAUGGGACAGAAAGGGUAAGAGUAUACUGGCUUCAUUUAGGCAAUGGCUGCUUCCAGUUCUGAAACUCAGUGUCCAGCUAUCCAUGAGUGCCAGCUCCUGCUUGCGCUGACAUCAAAGCAUGGCCCGUGCAACUGGUAAUGCAUGCAUGUUGCUCACAGGGUCAGUGUGGUAAGUAAAUUCCAACUCUUUUGUCAGCAGGGGUUUGAUCCUAAGGCUUCAUGGAGAAAACAAUGCAGGGCCCACAUCCGGCUUCUGCCUCACCUUUGGAUGUUACACACAGUGGGAAAUGAGUUCCUCAGUAGCUGGGUUUUGUAGGCCUUUGCUGCUGUCACCCAAUACAAAAUUUAAAGGCCUAAAGGGACUGUAGUAAAUGCCCACACGUGUAAAUCAUGCUAUUGCCCCCUCCCUUUUUUUUUUUU